GUUCCUUUUGAUGUGGAUUCUGACCCUUUAAGUGUAUCAAACUACUCGCCAAGUUCUGAUUCUGAAUCAGAUGAAAAUAAGAAGGUUUUGGAGUUCACCCCAAAUUCUUUGAGAGCUAGCCGCAACGCAAUGGAAAAACAGGGCAUCUUGACCCUCAGAAAAAACAGUGAGCAUUUUGAAGAAGAGUCCACCGCAGAUUUAUUGAGAUCUAGCCGCAACCCAAUGGAAAUACAGGACAUCUUGACCCACAGAGAAAACAGUGAGCAUUUUGAACAAAUUCCAUACCAUUGUUUUCCCUCUCUCAGUUCCUGUGAUGAAAGAAGUCAACUUGAUAGGGUCAGUGUCGGAGUUACAUGAACACAAUCCUAAAGGUCCAAGUACAGCACCUGAAUCACAUGUGACUGAAGAAGAUUUGAUGUCCAAACCAUGCAAGAGUGGAAGUGCAAAUGAAUCGGAUGUUACACCACAAG